AACUUUAGUCGAUACAUCUCAAGGUGAGGAAACAUGAAGUUUUGACAUAGUGCGUUAAUCUGUGCUGUGAUUAUACAUUCUUUUGUUUACAGCCGAACCAUUCGAUGAGGCCUUGGUUAUAGUUUAGUUUUCAAAGGAUUUAUUCUUUUUAAGUAAUCACUAUUCGUUCCUCCUUUUCAACCGGACCUAAACACAUCUAUAUAUAAGUAAGCACAUCUUCAUGGCUUACACUGCAUUUGAAAUACGGCUGUAAUACAGCUGCCGGUGCUACUCAUUGUCAAAGACCACAUUUGGAAAUACAGACAUGGCGAGAAUCGUAAUUAUUUUAGCACUACUCGCAGCGGCGGUAGCCGAUCCUCUAGUCUUUACUUCGCCAUACCUGCCCCCGCCAUUUAUAACACAAUACGCCGCGCCCUACGGCUAUGCUUCGGCGGCCCUGGUGGCACCAGACGCAGCCGUGCAACCAGCAGUACAAGCUUUGCCAGCUAUGCCAGGAGUAUCACCAGGAGCAGUAUCUGCCGCAGUUCCCCUGUCAUCAGUGUCUGCAUAUUCCUAUGGAUCUUCGUACAGCAUUCAAGAUUACGCACCUCUAGUCAAUGCACCGGCAGCGCCUCUUUACAGCUCAGCCUAUAGUGCGCCGUAUCCGUACACAGAGUGGUUCUACCGUAAAUAAUAUAAGAUGUUAGUGAGAUGACCGCCUGUUCUGUGACCCUAAGCAAGUUGAAAACUGUGCCAAAGAGUAUUAUUAAACCGUAAUGAUGUUGAUUUAAAUUUCGAAAAAUAAUGUUUUACGUGAUGU